CUAAAUACUGAUUGGCUGAGGAUCUUCUCUGAGCGUUUCCGACUUCCGCUUGUGGACUCGUUGCAAAACACUGGACGAGCCAUCUCCUUGCUGUUGGAGGUGUUGGUGACAGAAAGGAAUUGAAAGAGCGUCCUGUACCGCUUCAAAAAUGAUGAUGUCAGAGGUUAUGCAGGUUCUUCGCGGGGCAGGAAAAGUGGGCUCCGCCUUCAUCAACACCCAGGGAGAGCAGCUUCGGUUGAUGGCAUGUAACUCCUCAAUGUGUGCGGGAGUUACAGCUGCUCAGGACAUGGUGCAAGGAUUGGCCAGCACCUUUAUGGGUGGCAAUAAGUCUGUGAAUGAGAGCGUGUUUCCAGAUGCUGAGGGUUGGGACAGUAUUGACCCAGAAGAGGCUGCCAAAUGGGCAGUUGAGUCAGACUUUCCCCCAGAGCAAAUCCAGCCAGAUGCAGGAGCUACACGAAUGAGUCCCAGUUCAGGGGUACCUCCUGGUUCAGCUGGAUGGCCAGGCCAGAGCACACGAUUCCUUCACUCAGCCUGCUUCCAUCGGUACUACCAGCAAACAAGAUCACUUCAUGACACUGUGGUGGCCAGGCUCACCCCAGAAGACAUGAAGAAGGCACGGGAGGCCAAGCAAUCUGCGGCUAAACCUGUUAGACAGAAGCUGAGUGAACGGGCUAAAGAGCGGAAGGUACCUGCCACAAGAAUCAGCAGACUGGUCAAUUUUGGAGGACUGGCAGUUGGACUUGGGAUCGGGGCCAUUGCAGAGGUUGCAAAACAGUCAAUAGGAGGAAAACAGAAAGGAGACAUGAGCGCCCUGCUAGACUCUCCUCUCCUGUCAGAGGCCAACGCUGAGAGAAUCGUCAAUACGCUGUGUAAAGUCCGCGGAGCUGCCCUCAAGAUUGGACAGAUGCUCAGUAUUCAAGACAAUGCUUUCAUCAACCCCCAACUGCAGAAGAUCUUUGAGCGAGUCCGACAGAGCGCAGACUUCAUGCCAUCCUGGCAGAUGACUAAAGUCUUAGAGCAGGACCUUGGACCAAACUGGAGGGACAAGCUGGCAUCCUUUGAAGAAAAACCAUUCGCUGCUGCUUCUAUUGGCCAAGUACAUCAUGGGGUUUUGAAAGAUGGGAGGGAAAUCGCCAUGAAGAUCCAGUACCCAGGAGUGGCGGAGAGCAUCCACAGUGACAUCAACAACCUGAUGUCUGUAUUGAAAAUGAGUGUCGUCCUGCCCGAAGGACUCUUUGCCGAGAGCAGCCUUGAGGUCCUUCAGAGAGAACUGGAAUGGGAGUGUAACUACAAGAGGGAAGCAGAGUGCGCCAAAAAGUUCAGGGCACUUCUGGAAGGAGAUGAGUUCUUCCAGGUUCCUGAGAUCAUGGAUGAGUUGUCAGGGCGCAGGGUCCUGGCCAUGGACCUGAUACAAGGAGUUCCACUGGAUCGCUGUGUCGACCUGGACCAGGAGACCAGGAAUAAUAUCUGUUACAAAAUCCUCCAGUUGUGUCUCCGGGAGCUCUUCGAAUUCAGAUUCAUGCAGACCGAUCCGAACUGGGCCAACUUCUUCUACAACUCAGAAACAAACAAGGUGGUGUUGCUGGAUUUCGGAGCGUGCAGGGAAUACCCAGAGUCCUUCACGGACGACUACUUGGGGGUGGUACAUGCCGCCUCCGUGGGGGAUCGAGCCACCGUUCUCUCCAAAUCUAAAGACCUCAAAUUCCUCACAGGCUUCGAAGCGAAGGCCUUCGCAGACGCUCAUGUGGAGGCGGUGAUGAUUCUGGGUGAAGCGUUCGCAUCCUCCGAGCCCUUUGACUUCGGCACCCAGAGCACCACGCAGCGCAUCCAGAGUCUGAUCCCUGUCAUGCUCCGCCACCGGCUAACACCUCCGCCUGAGGAGUCAUACUCUCUCCACCGCAAGAUGGCUGGCUCCUUCCUCAUCUGCUCUAAACUCAAUGCCAAAAUCGCAUGCAGGGACAUGUUUUUGGACGUCUAUAAUGCCUACAACCAAAGGAAGCGGGCGCAGCAGGCGGCUCGGGCCGCAGUGUAGGGAGUUGAUCGCCAUUUACCAGAAGACUCUCAAAAAAAAUUGGACAAAGAGAUGAUGCAAUUCAAGUAUAUAACUGACCAUGAAGAUGUAUGUUUAUUUGCCUUUCCACGGCUGCAGUCUGCAUGAGCCUGACUGUUUUUCUCAUUCAUCAACAAACUGUAAAUAAAUAAAGGCUCAAAGUUAAUGAUACUGUUGAAAUAAGAGUCUGAACAGAAUAUAUAUUUGCCUUUUUUCAUUUGUUGUCAGAUCACACAGGCACUUUGUAUGAAGCUUUUGGAUAAGAUAAGGAAUUCAUGUGGGUUUCUAAAAUUAAAUCCUCAGAGCUGCUGCCCACGUUAGAAGACUCUGAAGCGAGAAGUCAUCUGGACAGGGACUGUAAUAAGAACGCUGUUACCUGCAGCCCUGUUAUUUUUAUGAAUUUUUCGAGUACAGUUAAGUCAAUGGUCACCCCAGAUCAGAAUACGUGGUUUAAGUGACAGCUUUCAACGAUUUGCCUUCUGCUGCUGACUGCUUGGUUUAAGUUAAAA